CUCGCUCUCGCCUCUCGGUCGGUAGCUGGGGAGGUCGCAUCUGUGGCUACUGGCUCUGGCUCUCUAACUCUUGCUCUCGCUGCCGCGCACGCAUACGUCCAAUUUCCCAAGACCCUCACUGGGGACAAUCUUGAGCGAAGGAGAGAGCGAAGAUGGCGUGGAGGCAAAUGAUGUCAUCCUUCAAUCCAAGAACGUUGUCGACUCCUCUGCAUUCGUUUGCUGGGCUCGCAACUUUCUCUUCUAAAUCAGCUCCUCGUAUUGUAAAGGUAGGAAUACCCGAGUUUCUGAACGGAGUUGGAAAAGGGGUCGAAGCUCAUGUCGAGAAACUUGAAUCAGAGAUUGGUGAUUUUCAGAAGUUGCUAGUCACCCGUACCUUGAAGCUUAAGAAACUCGGCAUUCCUUGCAAACACAGAAAGCUGAUAUUGAAAUACACUCACAAGUAUAGAGUGGGACUAUGGAGGCCCCAAGGGGUGCCUGUCAAAUCAUGAACGCUCAAGAGUGGCUAGUUAUUUGAAGUGAAGUCCAACAGCCACACCCACAAAAUUGGUGCUAAAUUACCUUUAAAGUAUGAGAACUUGUCUUGUACUCUGUAAUCAUUUUUCUUAGCUUUGCAACUCUUCCUAGCAGAGUUCGAAUUUGAAGUUAAGCUGGAGUACAUGAAGUUAGCUGUUUGAUUUGACCAAGUGAAUAUCCAUGGCAUGAGUUCUAUUUUAUUUUUUGUUUUAUAUUGUCUGAAUAGCCACCUGGGGCAUUCCGCCUUUAAUGUACAUGUCAUUUUCUUUGUUUUCUUA